UAGUCGUCUUACAACUUUUCAAUCAAACUCCCUCAACGUGAUUCGAAAUGAGUGUUAAUAUUGUAAAUAUCCUGAAUUUGAAAGGCGAUGGACAACAUUGGAUGGAUAGUGUUUUUGUGAGAGCUUGUUAGAGCGGGUGAAUGGAAAAUGGCAUACUUGAUGGCUCGGCCAUUUUCUGUCCAGCUUCUCUCUCUCAUUUAGAAUAAAUGAACUCGUUUCCAUCGACUGUUCUCUAUAUUGGAGGGAUACACGUGGGCUAUAAUGCCAAGAAAGGGGAGAAAUGUGGAAUCCAAGUCUAUUGAUAACGAGAUGCCCAAGGAAACUACAGUGCGAUCCAGGAAAAGAAAAGCUGACGUUGCCAUUUAUUUGCAAGACCCAGAUGAAGUGGCAGAGAUGAUAAAAAAGAAACAGUGUGGAACUCAGGUGUGCUGGAAUCCUGAGUCAGUUUUCACAAGCCCGUGCAGGCGGAUCCCCACGCCUGACAAUGAAGUCGAUCAACCAGUUGCCUUGAAUACCACUGGGUUUUCUGCUCAGUACACCUUCAAAAACAUAUUUGUCACCCCCACCAGGUCUUCCCCUCUUCCUGUGCUAUGCUGGGCAAGCAGAGAUGACGUAUGGAACAACCUGUUGAAGAAAGAUGAGACGUAUUCUCGAGACAUCCACAUCAUGAUGAAACACCCACACCUCCAACCCAAGAUGAGGGCUAUUCUUCUGGACUGGCUAAUAGAGGUGUGCGAGUUGUACAAGCUGCACAGAGAAACCUUCUACCUGGCUCAGGAUUACUUUGAUAGGUUCAUGGCCACGCAGACCAAUGUUUUCAAGUCAACACUACAGCUCAUCGGCAUCUCUUCUCUGUUUAUAGCUGCCAAAAUGGAGGAAAUCUACCCUCCAAAGCUGCAUCAAUUUGCCUAUGUUACUGAUGGUGCCUGUACUGAGGAUGAUAUCUUAUGUAUGGAGCUAAUCAUUAUGAAGGAGCUGAAGUGGCGUUUGAGUCCCCAGACAUCUGUGUCCUGGCUAAACAUCUACAUGCAGAUUGCCUACCUGAAAGAGUCCGAGGAGGUUCUCAUCCCACAGUACCCGCAAACUACGUUUGUACAGAUUGCCGAGCUCCUGGACCUGUGUGUGUUGGAUGUGAAAUCUCUGGAGUUCUGCUAUGGAGUCCUGGCUGCCUCUGCCUUGUUCCAUUUCUCCUCGCUGGAGCUGGUGGAGAAAGUCUCAGCGCUGAAGUGGUUAGACGUUGAGGCUUGUGUGAGGUGGAUGGUCCCCUUUGCCAUGUCCAUCAGAGAAGUGGGCAGCUCAGCCCUGAGGCCCUUCAAAGGAAUCCCAGCAGACGACAUGCAUAACAUUCAGACCCAUGCUGCCUAUCUGGACUGGAUGGCGAAGGCAUGCUCCUACCCACAAGUGGACGUAGAUCGCAGCCAGAGUUCCCCAAUACCGUCCGGAGUGCUCACUCCACCCCCCAGCAGCGAGAAACCAGAGGGCAUCGUCUCUUGAUUUCCGUUGGGUUAGUAUGGGCUGAGGAAGUCUCAAGAUUGGGACCAAGAUAUUGUAGGACUGGGAGAAAUCCAUUGCAUUACACCAACAUGUGCUCAAAUGCUUUUUCUAUAUGCGUGCAGGUGUUUUGGUGCUAAGGUGAAUGGAUGUCUGUUUUUGAGUGAUUGACAGUUUUUAAUUGGAGUGUUGCCAAGCUGGACCACCUGCCAAAAACCCAGAGCUGUCACUGGCUCUGGGUGCUGCUAAAGAAGGUGGACUUGGAUUGAUGGAACAGUGGAUGAAUGUGUGUGUGUAGCUCACGCUUGCCAUUUUGAGAAAGAUAAUACUGCCAGGUUUGGGGACCAGUAGCUCUGCUGCCAAAAUGGACAAGUGGAACAGCCUGCUUCAGAAGCAGAAAUAUGGAUUGUAUUAAGAUUUUAACUCUGCAACUUUCUCUCUUGCAUUUGAGUUUUUACCAAAAUGUAUGAUAUUUGUUUUGAAAUGAGAUGCUGCUACUUAUUUUUUAAAUAAAGUCACUGUCGCAGACAGCUUUUAUGUUUUACAA